CGCGAGUGUAAAAUUAGUGAUAGGCUGCUGGCCGUCUUGCGGAUAAAACAUUUUUUUUGUGGUGUUUAUGCUGUCCGAAAUUGCAGAAAAUAUCGUAGGCGUUCAGUUUUAGGCUAAUGUAUGCACUUGCAAUAAUAAGCUGUAUAGGUUUCAACAAUUAAAUGCGCGAAAAUUUAAAAGAAAGCUGCAGGAAAUUUUCAGAUGCCAAUACGAAGCAAGGGCGCAAAGAGCAAACAAAAGAAACAAUGAGCGAAACAAAGGAUAGAUAGAAAACCCGAAAACUUUACAUUUAAUAGGCAGAAAUCAGCCUGAAAUUAUUUUAAAUAAAGUAUAACAGCGAAGUGAAGUGUUGGCUAGUGGCUGUUUCUGUGUCCGUGUCGAAAUACUAAAUGCAUAUACCAGGUGCCAGCGCCAGUGAAAGGAGAAAAGCCCUCGGCCAUACGCGUAUAUGGAUGUGUGUGUGUAUGCAAGUGUGAGUGCGUGUGCAUAUGGGGUUGGAAAAUUGUGAAAACUACGAAUACGGAAGUGGUAACAGAUAAUCGAAAAAGACAUUUCUUCUGCGCCCAAAAAUUCCCUCAACUCCAUCGAAAUAGUUCAAAAAUGCCUAGCGCCUCCUUUACAUCAUCGCGCACCUACGUGCGCCGCUCCAGACGAAAAGGAGCCAACAGAAUUGCCAUGCCCAACCGUCCGACAGGCAACAUAAUGGAUCCAAUGCUGCAACAAAAUGUGCAUGCGUCUGGUGCAGGCGCCAUCGUAGCUGCUUCCGCCUCCCAAAACAACAAUUCUACAUCGUCUGGGGCUAAUGCUGUUGUCUCCGGUGCUGGUGCGGGCUCAUGCAAUAGCAGCAGUAGCAGCACCUCAACCAUGUCUACAACCAAUGCCUCUACCGCCGCUGCCUCUUCGGAGUACUUUGACAGCGGUCAAUCGACCAGCGGCAGCGGUAGUAGCGCCAGUGGCAGCUCAACGUCAGGAAGCACAUUUUCCGGAAAUCAAAAUCUGGGAAACUUUUACAAUACACUGCAGAUGAUGGACACAACAGAAAGUGCUGGCAGUGUGGCCUCGACGUCAAGCUCAGUUCCGGCGGCAGCCAUUUCCUCAGGAGCAGCGACAUCAUCUUCAUCGGCAGCAGCCGGCAGCUUGAAUAGCAGUAAUAGCAACAACUGUGCCAACAAUAGCGCCACAAGCAACGCAAACAUGACCUGCUCUUCCAACUAUCCCAGCACGUCUGCUACUGUUUCCACGCUAAACACGGGAACGGGUUCAUCCUCGAUUUUGCCCGCGUCCAGUCAGGCCAACACCUCUUGUUGCCAUCAGUCACCGUACGACUUACGCCGCAAGAUAUCUUCUGCCAGCAGCCACGAGCAAUGGUGCUCCAGUGCACCCACUUCGUCUUCAUCGCCUGCCACUGCCCAGCCUGGAGCUAUACUCGUGGGUCCAUCAAGUAGCUCACCGCCGCUUGUGAAUCCUAGCACCUCGCCAUCAGCGUCGUCAUCGUCGUCUUCGUCAUCGUCUUCGUCGUCGCCCUCUUCCGCCAUUGUGCAAGCACCCUCAACAAGCGCCACUUUUCCUGUUAACAAUGCACCCACCACAGGCGCCACACUGGCGCAACCCCCCAACGUACACAGUUCAGUACCGCAGCAGCAGCAUUGUGGUGCACUACCCGUUGGCGGAGCAUCAUCGGCCAAUGAAGACAACAGCUACAUGUUGCCGGCGCGGAAACGUUCACGGCGCUUAUAUACGCAAAGCGGUGAUGCCACUAUCGUGCCCACAACAGAGCUGGGCAGCACAUCACCCACAGGACCGACAGCCGCCCAGUAUCUGCAAUAUGAGCUGCCCGAUGAAGUGCUGCUGGCCAUAUUCUCGUACCUGCUCGAGCAGGACCUGUGUCGUCUGGCGGUUGUGUGCAAGCGCUUCAAUACCAUUGCCAAUGACACCGAGCUCUGGAAACGCCUUUACCAGUCGGUCUUCGAGUAUGACAUGCCCUUGUUCAAUCCAGAAAUUUGCAAAUUUGUCUUUGAGAAACCCGAGGAGUCUGAGUACGCAAAUCCAUGGAAGGAGAGUUUCCACCAGCUUCAUCGCGGUGUGCAUGUGCGUCCUGGUUAUCAAGAAAAGCGAUAUGCCGGUCGAAGUAUUGUUUUUUUCAACACCAUACAAGCGGCUCUGGAUUAUCCUGAGGAACGCGCCGCAGCGGCUUUUGCAUCCGGCGCUGGCGCCGGUAAUGUUACCGCAGGUCUGUCCAAUACCAGCGCGGCUUCGGGGGCCAACGGCGCCAGCGUCAAUGCAUUGGCCAACAUCUAUGAGGAUAACGUUCCGCCAAUGGAACAUCCCGGUACGCUAAUAUUCCUGCAUUCUGGCCACUACAAAGGCGAAUAUUUGUUCAUUGACUCGGAUGUAGCGCUAGUUGGCGCUGCACCCGGUAAUGUCGCCGAAUCGGUGAUAUUGGAGCGCGAGGCCGGGUCGACUGUGAUGUUCGUGGAGGGCGCGAAGUACGCGUAUGUCGGUUACCUGACCCUGAAAUUCUCGCCGGAAGUCACCUCAACAGUGCCACAUCACAAGCACUACUGCCUGGACAUUGGUGAGAACUGUUCGCCCACUGUCGACAACUGCAUAAUACGCUCCACAUCUGUGGUGGGGGCCGCUGUCUGUGUUGGAGGUGCAAAUGCCAAUCCAGUCAUCCGAAACUGUGACAUCAGCGACUGCGAAAAUGUCGGCCUCUAUGUUACGGACUUUGCUCAGGGCACCUAUGAGCACAACGAAAUCAGCCGCAACGCCUUGGCCGGCAUAUGGGUAAAGAACUUUGCCAGCCCCAUCAUGCGUGAGAAUCACAUUCAUCAUGGACGCGACGUUGGCAUAUUCACCUUUGAGAAUGGCAUGGGAUACUUUGAGAAGAACGACAUACACAAUAAUCGCAUAGCAGGCUUCGAGGUAAAGGCAGGCGCCAAUCCUACAGUGGUGAAGUGCGAGAUUCAUCAUGGUCAGACGGGCGGCAUCUAUGUACAUGAGAACGGUCUGGGGCAGUUCAUAGAAAAUCGCAUUCACUCAAAUAACUUUGCAGGUGUCUGGAUAACGUCAAACAGUAACCCGACCAUACGAAAAAACGAGAUAUAUAAUGGCCAUCAGGGCGGUGUGUAUAUCUUCGGCGAGGGUCGCGGCCUCAUCGAGCACAAUAACAUUUACGGCAAUGCAUUGGCCGGAAUACAAAUACGAACCAAUAGCGAUCCCAUUGUGCGGCACAAUAAGAUACAUCAUGGGCAGCAUGGCGGCAUUUAUGUGCAUGAGAAGGGCCAGGGCCUGAUUGAGGAGAACGAGGUGUACUCUAAUACUCUGGCGGGUGUGUGGAUAACCACCGGCAGCACUCCAGUGCUGCGUCGCAAUCGCAUACACUCAGGCAAACAGGUCGGCGUCUAUUUUUAUGACAAUGGCCAUGGAAAGCUGGAAGACAACGACAUUUUCAAUCACUUGUACUCGGGUGUGCAAAUACGCACGGGUAGCAAUCCAGUGAUACGUGGAAAUAAGAUAUGGGGCGGCCAGAACGGCGGCGUCCUAGUCUACAAUGGUGGGCUCGGUCUGCUCGAACAGAAUGAGAUAUUUGACAAUGCCAUGGCCGGCGUUUGGAUCAAGACGGACUCGAAUCCGACGCUGAAACGCAAUAAAAUCUACGAUGGACGCGAUGGCGGAAUCUGCAUAUUCAACGGCGGCAAAGGCAUACUCGAGGAGAACGAUAUCUUUCGCAAUACGCAGGCCGGUGUACUGAUCUCAACACAAUCGCAUCCCAUUCUUCGGCGUAAUCGCAUUUACGAUGGUCAAGCGGCUGGUGUGGAAAUCACAAAUAAUGCCACUGCUACGCUGGAGCACAAUCAAAUAUUUAAGAACAAGUUUGGUGGUCUCUGCCUCGCAAGCGGCGUCCAACCCAUUACGCGCGGCAAUAACAUUUUCAACAACGAGGACGAGGUGGAGAAAGCGGUCUCCAGCGGGCAGUGCCUGUACAAGAUCAGCAGCUACACCUCGUUUCCCAUGCACGAUUUCUAUCGCUGUCAAACGUGCAACACAACGGAUCGCAAUGCCAUAUGCGUGAACUGUAUCAAAAAUUGUCAUGCAGGACAUGAUGUCGAAUUUAUAAGACAUGAUCGCUUCUUCUGCGACUGUGGUGCUGGCACCUUAUCGAACCAAUGUCAAUUGCAAGGCGAGCCUACUCAGGACACGGAUACACUCUACGAUUCGGCGGCGCCUAUUGAAUCGCACACAUUAAUGGUCAACUAAGGCAGCAGCAUCGGCAGCAUCAUCAUCAACAGCAGCAUAUUUCUGUAGUUUAAGCUUUAGCUUAAGUCGCAAGCUCAUUAUUGUAUGCACUAGGGGCACACGGCCAAUUAUUUAACAAUAUCAAUCGUGUUGCUGUAAAUAUUCAAAAACACAAUAUUGCCAAUACAAUUCGUUGUAUGUAAAUAAUGAUAAAUUAAUUAACUUGCGUUCGAAAUUAACUCAAUGUGCAAUUUAGUUUAACCCAAACCUAAACCGCAACCCAAGCGAGAAGAGAAUGAAAUCAAGAAGUGAAAUGCGGAAUAUCUUACGUCACAACGAAAAACAAAAUUUAAAUGUGCAUUUGUUUUUGUACGAAUUCAAUGAAAUGAAACAAGAACCCAGUGAAGAACAAGUUAGUUUAUAAGAUAGUAUAGUAGGCCUUAUUCAAUAACACAACAAAAAUCAACUGCUACGAAAAUGUAUUUUAGCCAUAAACGUAGCUGCAAUCCGAAAAGCAAUUUCUAAUACUAAAACUAAUUAAUAAUUAUGUAUUAAAAGGCAA